AUGGCAGAAAUGCAGAGGUUCUUGCGAUGGAGUACGGAUCGCCGCCUUGUCACCAACUGUUACAUCGCUGGGUCCAGUAAUCACAAUCAGCGGAUCGAAAGCUGGUGGGCCUUUUUGAGAAGACAUCAUGCCCAGUACUGGAUGAAUCGUUUCCAGCAACUGAAAGACAAAGACUGCUUCUCUGGAGACUUCUUGGACAAGCAACUUAUAUUGUUUAGUUGCAUGGCCAUCAUCCAGUGUCUCUCAAGCGAGCUUCAAGGAGUCUCUCCGAGGCAAAGCAGCUCUCCAGAGAAGCUCCACUGUCAGAGCCACAGAGCCACCAGACCCACCCUGAAGAUGAAGCCCGACUUCCUGCUGCUGCUGCUGCUGCUGGGCCUCUCGCAGGCCCAUCCUCUCCAGGAGGAGGGAAGCGGAGAACAGGUCCUGGUGGAAGACCCGGAGGCCAUCCACAUGGACAUCAGCACCAGGAUCCUGUCCUCCAACAACGGCUCCAGUGAGAUCCUGCUGGAAGGAGACAUGGUGGUGCCCAGAACCAGAAACGCCAUGUUCUGCUGGACCCACAACUGCCUGUGGAGGAAAGGCUCCGACGGCCUGGUGACCAUCCCCUUCACGGUGAGCGGCGACUUCUCGGCCUGGGACAGGCAGAAGAUCGAGCGCGCCAUGCGGUCCUACCACAGCGGCACCUGCCUCCGCUUCGUCCCCCGUCAGAAGGAGCAGGACUACAUCAGCAUCCAGAACAGAGACGGCUGCUUCUCGUCUCUGGGCAGAGAGGGAGGCGCGCAGGUCCUCUCCCUCAACAGGCAGGGCUGCCUCUACCACGGCAUCAUCCAGCACGAGAUCAACCACGCUCUGGGCUUCCAGCACGAGCAGACCAGGAGCGACCGCGACCAGUACGUCAGGAUCAACUGGGAGAACAUCGACCCGCGGAUGGCCUACAACUUCUACAGGCAGCACACCGACAACCUGGACACUCCCUACGACUACUCCUCCAUCAUGCACUACGGCAGGACGGCCUUCUCCGUCCAGUACGGGAGGGACAGCAUCACCCCGAUCCCCGACCCCACCGUCCAGAUCGGCCAGAGGCAGGGCCUGUCCCGCAUCGACAUCCUGAGGAUCAACCGGCUCUACGGCUGCUGA